UCCCCUCCCGUGCCGACGCGUACGAUCACCACGUACGACUUCGAGGGAGGCAGCAUCAAAACGAAGCUGCUGAACGAAACUUCUUUCGUCGCCGUGCGGUCGUUGUUAAGCCGCUCAAAAUGGGGCCGACGCGUGCUACGCGAGAUUCCUUCCUCUGGGCGAUGUCUGUAAUAUACCUCAGUGCAUUUGCGUCCAUCUAUCAUCAAAUGCCCGGGCUCUAUGGGGACCAUGGAGUCUUACCAGUAAGAUCGGUGAUUCCUAUAGACAGCCACACCAGGCCACCGCAAGACUUGGCCCAACGAGCUGCUGAGAGGCCUUCCUUAAUAUGGCUGGCGCCAAACUUCGGCCUCAAGGUGGCCACCAUGGCCGAGUUUCUGGCAUUCCUCGGCAUUGUCAUGUCCUUCAUGGCCUGCGUGUCAUCACGCUUCAGGGACUGCAUAAACUUUGCACUUCUUUGGAUACUCUACUUCUCAAUUUACCAGGUUGGCCAAGUCUUCAUGUGGUUUCAAUGGGACAUCCUGCUGCUGGAAGCUGGCUUCCUGUGCAUACUGGUGGCACCUCUAGGCAUCAUCCACCGAACACUGGGGCUCAACUCGAGCUGGCGUCUGCCGCACCGGCCGCAUGAUGAGGUCACUCUCUGGCUUGUACGAUGGCUCCUGUUCCGACUCAUGUUUGCCUCCGGGGUGGUUAAGCUCACCAGCGGUUGCCCUACCUGGUGGGGACUCACAGCGCUCAAUUACCAUUUCGAAAGCCAGUGCAUUCCGACACCCAUUGCAUGGUACUUCCACCACCUUCCGAAAUGGAUUCUCCAGCUUGGGGUGGUCUUCACGUAUGUGAUUGAAAUUGCCAUCCCAAUCCUGUUCUUCGUCCCUGUGCGCCCUCUGAGGAUAUUCAGCUUCUACAGCCAGUGUUUUCUGCAGAUGAUGAUAAUUGCCACUGGCAACUACAACUUCUUCAACCUGCUUACUAUACACUGUGCUUGUCACUGGUCGACGACGAGCUGCUGCUUGGUAGUGCCAGAAGGAGCAGUUCAGGCAAACAUGGCUACUUCCGCCCUUUGUCAAAAGUUCUGGCUAGAACUGUUGCAUUGGCAGUGUACUGUUGUCUUGUGUACGGCACCAUCAAGUUCUUUCCUGAAGUUUGACGACAGCUGGGCGGUGAGAUCACAAAUCGCCUUCAACAAAGAAAAGUUUAACCAGUUUCUUGGCAUCGCAGUGCCCCUUAUGGUGUGGGUUGCAGGUGCAUCCCUGGCUUAUCACAUUUUGAUGGCUCUGUACAGGUCAAUUGUCAAAGAAAGAAGUGUCCUGAGCAAGAUUUUCUCAACAUUAGGCACGAUUUUCAUGGGAACAGCUGCAGUGUGGGUCUUCUGCAUUUCUCUGGUCCCACUCUCGGAACUGGACCGUGGCUUAAACAGGAAACUAUGGCCCACAAUUCGGAGCUGGCAUUACAAGGUUGAGCCGUUCCACCUGACAAGUUCAUAUGGGCUCUUCAGAAGCAUGACAGGUGUCGGAGGGCGACCAGAGCUCGUCCUGGAAGGAAGUGACGACCCAAAUGGUCCGUGGGUGGAGCUGCCAUUCCUGUACAAGCCUGGAGACGUGAACCGCCCACCACCAAUUAUCAUCCCACACCAGCCUAGGCUCGACUGGCAGAUGUGGUUUGCCGCACUGGGUGACUACAGGCGAAACCCGUGGUUGCUCAGCCUGGUUUACCAUUUGCUCAACAAUGAUGCAUCAGCUCUGCGCUUGAUGAACUUGGAGCGAUACCCCUUCACCCGCCACCCUCCCAAGUACAUUCGUGCCACGCUGUACAAAUACUGGUUCACCAAAAUGGACACCAGCAGUGGGCACGCCUGGUGGUACCGUGGCAGUCCCAAAGAAUACCUGCCCCCGGUCCACAAGAAGCAACCUUUCCUCAGGGAGUUCCUUCAAGAGCAUGGCAUUCCCAUGGAUGCACCCAAAACAAAGUCCACGAACAAGUUCCUUAUAUACAUCCUCAAGCACUCAAGGAAGUUUGCAGAGAAGAUGUCACCAACAUUGUACAUCUGGUCGCUCAUCUCCACGUCGUUGCUGCUCAACGCUGUCCGAGGCAUGUUUUGACCCGGCCUGCCCAGAAUGCGAAUUUCACUAUAGCCUACACUUGAAAGGCACAAAAGUUUGACAGAUAUGUGCACGAGGAAACCACACGUCUCCUUGAGUGUUUUUACAUUUGCACGUCAUGUAAAGUACUGGCUACCAUGUGUGUUGGAACUGGUGAGGUUUUGACAGCUUGUCUACAUUGUCCAGAGCCGUUGCAUGCCCAGAUAUUCAGAUUUAUGUGUGGCCUAACAGGAUGUCCAAAUUUUCACAAUUAUGCAUUGUAGUUUCGUACUUCACCAGUGGCUACAAUCCUCUGUUCGCUUUGUCUACAGAAUGAUUCAGCAAACUGAGCAUAAGCUGUUUAAUGAUCACUUCCAGUGUACAUUAGAGGAUUUUCUUUGCAAAACUACUGUGGCUGGCUGCUCUUCUUAAGGUAGUCACCACUUGAAGUUGUGUCGGAUCAUUUCACGUGUUGCUAACUGAAGCAGUUUUUCUUAUGUGGCUUUAACCUGUGUCAAGAUAGCCUCUAGAAGAACAACCAUUCGUUCCUAAAAAGGAGAGUACUGUGUAGAGAAAAUUGUAGUGGUCGAUAGUGCUGUGGGUUAAGAUUUCAAUACCUCUUAUGAGGAUUUUGGUGUGUGAUGCUGUUUGCCAAGCCACGAAGGUUUGUAUGUGAUCACGAUGUGUUUAUUAAGCUUGAGCUUUUGCCUUUUUGCUCUUUCUAAGGGCUGCAAAGCACUGAAUUUGUGAUGCGAGCUUUAAACCCCGCUAAGUCCAACAUGCUUGUUUCUCUGGUGCCAUAUGGAAGAGAACGCGAGGGGUGUGGUGUCUCAACUGAAAGGCCAGUGUCUGGCUUAUUUGUAGAGCGUACAAAGUGAUGCGAUCUCUUGUUCUUUGACGUGGAGGGAUGGCCUCUGGUUGCAGCCCAAUAGUGAAGAGGAAGAUGACGGUGUCUGCAACAAACUUAAGUGUUUGUGGUGUGUAAUACAUUGCCACGGAGUGAAGGGCAAGCAUUUCAAAACUUUGGAACAUCUAGGUCUCCGACAUGAUGAAACUGGCUCUAGGAUUUCUACUUAUGUAGCACAGGCAGAAUAACUUAACUCUGUAGGACAGGUGGGGGGUUAGGAGAUAAUGUGCUGCCUGACGGGGAGAAGAGAGGCAAUCUGUUAAACAUGGGCACAAUGGCUCGCACUGAAAGAGAUGACCAUACAAGAGGAGGCUUAAUGCUUCACAUGUUUAAAUAAUUAGCAACUUUCAGUUUCAAUCUGCUACACACAGUGUGUUAAUACGGAACAUCCAAACACCCUACCACCCCUAUGCAGCAUUCGGUUGCUACAAACCUGGUUAAUUGAAUAUUGUUCGCUUGCCUGCAUUUUAAGGGGGCACAUGGGUCCUGAGACGAAAAAUUCACUCACGAAAAAUUUAAUUUUCAUUUUUAUUAUUUUUCUAAUCCCCAUACCAGGGUGCACCUGCUGGCAAAAAACUAGCUCAAAAUGACACGUCAUUGAGGAAGAAAACACUGUAUUUCUCCAAUGAAAUGUUCAGUUUUGCCCAUGAAAGUGCUGACAUGACCCAUUUUGUGACAUUCGCCAUUCCAAAACAGUCUAUCAUAGCCAGACGUCUUGGUCUUGUUUGAAAGAGCAUGUUUGCUGCUUGCUUUCCUGCCAAAACGAGCCUUCAAUGCUGCUUCAGAAGAAAACUACCUGGUUUUGUAAGCAUAAAAUGCCAUUUUUGCACACUGUAAUUUUUUGUAUUUUUCUCAAAUGAUUUUUCCAAAUGUAAAAUUUUGGGAGCAGCACUGUGUCACUGUUACUCAUUCAAUCCUCUUGAUUUCUUUUUUGCCUGAAUGCUAGAGAGUCAGAGAGUGCACAAAAGCUAUGAUAUAGUGUUUAGGACAAUUAAACAUUUUUAGAUAUUGUAGGAAUCACUAAUAAAAAUUCACAUUUGCAAAGUUGCAACUCCAAAAAUUUCACAACUUUAGCUAAAAUACAGAUAUAAACAUGAAAAUGCAAACUUGCACUUUUGAACAUUCAGGAAGAUACCUGCUUAAUUUUAGCUCUCUUGGUGCAGUAAAUUUAUUGCAAGUCACAUCCCAAAUUUAUAACACAUAAAUAAUUGGAACAUGUUUUUUUUAUUUAUUAUUUUUUUUUUUAAUGGACUGACUUGGGAACUAACUGCAGAUUUGUAAUCAGCACACAAGGUUGAAUAUUACCUGAAAAUUUCAUGUGUCUAAGUCAAUAACAAAAGUGUUUUUAUCCGGAACCCAAGUCCCCCCUUAAAAGCAGGAAGCUGUGUAAUUGGACAAUUUGUAAAGGGAACACUACUCUGCAGCUGCACAUAGUAUUAGCAUUAGUGUCAAAUACGGAACACCAUAUUCACUUUGUGCAUUUAUCAUUAACAUCUGUGACAGGCUGCUACUUAUCGAAGCACUUCUGGUGCAGUUUAGAAGUUUUACUGCAUGCUUUUUCUACCUUGUGAGAUUACUGGAACGAAAUAGAAAAAUAUUACCAUGGCUGUUACCUUCACUACAAGGCACCAUAACUAGUCGCAUAAUCUCAUUAGCCUAGUCUCAAUGCCAUAAGAUCAUGCGAAUGCAUCAUGAUCAGUUGGUAAAUGUUUACAUAUGUUUUCAUCACUGCAGAUUCAGACUUCCUUUUAUUCAGCAACAUACACUAUAUUGUAUUUUCAUUUUGUACUGUUUUUGUAACCAAAUAAAAACAUUUCGCAGGAAAAG